CCUUCUUUUUCAUUAUUACGUUUUAACUAAUUAGUCCAGGAGAAUCUUGCAAAUAACACAGUAAUCCUUCCCCCUACCCCUACUAAGUUUAGAAAUCUAUCAAAUUAAUAAUGUCUGCUUUAGAUAAAUCAUUAGAUGAUAUCAUCUCAUCCUCCAAAUCUACCAGAAGAGUUGGUAGAAAAUUCGGUAAAGGUGUCGCUAAACAAUCCAACAAAGUUGGUAAGAAAGUUGGUGGACCAAAUUCCAAGGCUAAGAAGUCAGCUGUUGCUAUCUUUAAAAAACCAGAACCAGCUGUUGCUGCUGCUUUAAGUGCCGCUAUUGAUACUAGUUACGCCACCAAAGUUGUUGCUUCCAACUUACCAAAAGAUUUGAAGCAAGAAAACGUUAAGGAUUUCUUCCAAUCACAAGUUGGUGGAGUUAUUAGCGUUGCUUUAACAUAUAAUGAAAAGGGUCAAUUCAGAGGUAUUGCUACCAUUAUCUUUAGAAAUCAUAAAUUAGCUUCUAAAGCUGUUGAAAAAUAUAAUGGAGCUGCCAUUGAUAAUGGAUCAUCUAAAUUAAAGUUGGAAUUAAUUGUUGAUCCAUCCAAGAAACCAUUAACUUCUAGAAUCACUCCAAAUAAAGUUGCCGCUACUGCAGGUGCUGGUAAAAAGAAAUUGGCUGUUGCAAAAAAGGCUGCUGUUGCUGUUAAGGCUAAAGCCAAUACUAAGAAGGCUCAACCAAAAAAGAAGCAACAAAAACCAAAGAAGAAGACUGUUGAAGAAUUAGAUCAAGAGAUGGCUGAAUAUUUCGCUUAAUCUUGUCAUUUCGUAUCUUCUGCGUGGUUUACUCUUAUUUGUAUAAUUCUUGUAGGUCUUUAAGACCCUUAUGUAGUAUUUGUAUUUGAAAUUGUUUGUCAUUUAAAAUUACUUGAUAUAAUAUAUUAUUUUGUUAAAUUACUCGUAAACUGAAAUCGAAUGAGUUUGCAAAAACAAUUUGGGGCGGUUGUAUGC